CUACCAUGAGGUCUGUAGAGUGAAGACUGUUAUGGGUGUCUAAAGUGAAGACAAGAGAAAGAGAAGAGAGCCCAAAGGCCAAAGUCAUAUUUCCCUGUUGUCACGUUAGACCUAGACGUGACAUGCACUUGCUUGAGAUUAUUCAAUUAACAUUUACCUAACAAUAUUCAAUAGUAUUUGUUUCGCCGUGUCGGUGGUCUGCGAUUCAAAAUUUUCAGCUUGUGGGCUUCAUUUACAGGUAUAAACAUGCGGAUACCGGGUCUUACUCCCUUUUUGCUUCGGGACUUGAAGACCAGUAAAUUGAAAGACACCACAGUAGUCAUCGACGGCGAAAAUAUUUUAACUAAUGUGUCAAAAGUUCCACAUUUUGGUUGUGAAAGUGACAAAAUCGCAAACUCAGUAAAAAAUCAUCUCAUUAAGUUUAAAAAAGCCAAACUUGAUUGUUACUUUGUUUUUAAAAGAGAAAUAGAUGAUGACAAGAAAUCACUUGAUCGUUCCAGAGCGGACGCUAGACUAAGAAAAGCUCUUACAGGAGAAAUUUAUAAAAAGGAUGAGGAUACACAUGUGCGAAUAUGUACAAAAGACAUUUGGUUUCAAACCGUAGAAGAAAUGGGAUUCAAAUAUACUGUCUCCGAUGGUGACCACGUCACCGAGUGCAUUGCGCUCGCGGUGAAGCUCUCGUGUCCUCUCAUUGGCAACAACAUGCAGUAUUUCUUCUCACAAGCAGAGUAUGUGCCGGAACUCAAAACUAAACUGGAUAAAAAUGACAACCUUCUAUGUCAAAUAUAUACACUUUCCAGUUUUUUGGAAAAAUAUAAUAUGACUGAAGAGAAAGUUAUUUUAUUCAUUAUGCUAUCUGAUUUACAUAUAUAUAAAGAAAACCAUUUCAAAAAGUUUUUUGAACAUAAUAAUAUAUUGUGCCCAUCUGGUAGAAGUACUAGCACAUUUCUUGAAAAGUUAAUUAAAUUUGUUGCACAAAAUAGUAAUGAAGAUAUAAUAAAUAGGUUGUCUCAUGUUAUUGAAUUUUUUGUACCUUUAGAUUUUUUGUAUAAGAAAAAUAGACUGGAAACAUUAAUACAGAAUAGAAAAAAUACCGAUACAAAAAUGACUCUCUAUGUGACAGACAAAACUAAAUGCCAAUUCACAGUAAUGGACCCUGACUGGUUUGAAAAGGGACUUUUCUGCAAAUACAUACCGAUGCCUUAUAUCAAUAUGUACAAGUCUGAAACUGUACAAGUACGGGAAAAAAUAUCAAUACCCAUAGUACAAUACGCAUUUGAUUUGCUUACAAACUUUAAACAUAAAAUGAAUGCACAGAAAAGAAAUUUAAAUCCGUGUUCUUCAAAAGAUAUACUUGAAUGCGAGUCGUCUAUUCCAAAACCAGAGUAUAAAGCGACAUUAAGCGUUUUCGAAAACGGCUGGGACGAUAUAAAACAAUUGAAUCUCUUCGAACAUUUUGUGACAGAAACAUUGCAGACGUUCGAUUUUGAGCGUUUGGGCAGGGUACCAGCGGACUGCCGGCUCCUUCUCGUCGCACUGGUGUACUAUUCACGAAAAAAGUCAGAUGUGACACUCGAAAUAUACAGUAUACUGCUAUCUUAUGUAAUGCUGAGUGUCGUUACUGAGAAACUGAGCAAAGAUGGUAGCAGAUCUAAAAAUACUAAAAAUGUUUCCGAGCAGCUAUUUAUAGACUCGCUUACAGAUAGAGAUUUGGUGACUGCAGCAGAUUGUGACAUCGCUUGGUCUAUAAUGAAGGAAUACUUCAAUUUUAGUAAUGAAGAACUAUCUCAUAUUUUAAAUUGGAACGCCCUCCAGCCAUUUACUGAGUUCCAAUGCUGCCUGAAAGAGCUCAAUAACUUGAACCAGUUGUGCGGAUCGCAGUUUGAUCGCACCGUGUACAGUAGAACUUACAACAGCACGAUCGUGUACAAGAUCUUUAACGCCAUGAAGAAGAGUGGAUGCCAGGAUGGUUUCCAGUUCAUCCAGAACAAGUUGAGGCCGGCACCAACAGUUCUAGCGUAUUUGUCAGGAAUACUAGGGAUUUAUGAGUCUAUUUAUCAUGACUACAAUUAACAUCUACUCACAAUUCGUGAAACAAACGUUUAUCGAGGUUCCGAGACUUUAUUGUACUUUUAUUAUCUUCUUUAAAAUUAUUUCUUACGAAUAAGUGUUUAUUAUGAUCAACAAUGUAAUAAAUAAAUUAAUUAAACAAAUAAAAAAACCCGACUGCAUAAAGUAUAAAAAACUAAAAAGAAAAAAAAACAAGCUCAGUCCAGAAGUGUAGAAACAAUUAGAAAACAGUCAGGACCUUAGAUAUUGGAUAGAAUGAUUUUCUUCUACAUUAUUUAAUAGGUCCCGACUGUUUUCUAAUUGCUUUCUACACUUUUGGACUGAGCUUGUUUUUUUUCUUUUCAGUUUUUUAAUACUUUAUGCAGUCGGGUUUUUUUAUUUGUUUAAUAAAUUUAUUUAUUUCACACUUUUUAGUUACGAUCGAUGGUUAAUUUCGGAUUUAUUUAUUACGUUUAUUACAAAGUACGAUAAUUUAUACGUCCAACCUAGGUUAAGCAAAUAUUCAAAAAUUCUUCGGAACGCUCGGUGGGCGACUCGCACUUAGCCGAUUUUUAUAAUCAAUCUUUUUAAUUUAGUCUAUUUUAUUUAUAACUUCACUUCACAAACCUGCUCGCACUUAUAGUCAUUCGCCUCGCGUAUUUUGUAUAGACUACUGAUAAAUAACGGUUUUCUAAUUGUAGUUUUUUUUAAACAUGGUCGUGAUUUACCAUUUUAGAAUCCUCGCAAAAAGUUCUUGAAUUUGAUACCCAUAUUCCAGUAAUAGAAAUUUUUUUUUUUUUCACCUCGAGUCUAUAGCGUCUCACAGUCGUUUUGUUAUUUUAUUUUUAGUUUCACCUAUCUAAGAACACUUGAGUUAUUGAGACAAAUCUAACUAUAUGCUACUUACGUAAAUCCGUUCAGUGGUUUGGAAGAUAUGAGUUAAUAAAGAAUAUUACAAACAUACAUACAUACAAGAUACGCGCGAAAAACAUAACCCAUUGCAGUCGGGUAAAAACACGUGGUUGAUUUUUGAAAAGCUUUCUUGCAAUUGGCUGCUAGCGUGACUGUGAAUGCGAAGCUUGAUUGGGUUCGCUAGUAAGAAUGCUAUAUUCUGUAGUUAUUCUUUUUAGGCUGUAUUAUAUUCCAGUAUUCCUACGGGGACGGCGACCACACAGGUGAAACAGCACGGCGUCUGCUAGUACUAUUUAAAAUCUUGCUGUAGGAAUGCCUAUACUUAAGUGAACUGUUUACCAACAAACAAAUCAAAAGUUAGGGUAUAAAUCACUAGUAAUUUACACGUAAUAAUUAUGAUUUCUAGAUUAUUAGAUAUAAGACCAAGGUCAGAGAUGUGGCAAUAACGAUAGGGAUGAUGACUAGGUUUGAAUAUAUUGAUUUUUAUGAUACAUUCGGGUAAAUAAGGUCAAUGUUAACUAAUUUAUACGUAAAAAGCAAAGAUUGUUUGGAUAUUUGCAAAAUAAAUAAGAUUAAAAAUCUAUUAUCGUAAUUAGGUGAAAAUUCGUACAGUUUUAGUUUCAUUACAUUAAAUGUGACAUUUUUCAAUAAAUGAACUAUAAACAUGAACGCACAAAUAACAAAGAUAUUAGUAAUUUUGUUUGAACGCCCAAACAAAUCUAACGAUCAUCAUUAUGACCUACGACGUCAUUAAAUCGUACCAUUUUGUAUGGGGCGUUUUUCAGGGAUCCGCCGCUAAUCUGACCAUUUAAAUCGCUGUAGCUCCGAAAGUAAUAAUUGCAGAUACCAUGUUUCAAAACUUACUUACUUUUACAAAAUUGCUUUACUAUUAGCAUACUCCUAAUUUAUAUACAAUUUAAAAAGUGUCAUCAUCCCUAUUGAGUAGAUUAAAUGGAAGUGGACAGGACACUUCAUGCGGGAUAAAAGAGAUAAGUGGACCAGGGAUGUGACAGAGUGGUAUCCUAGGACAGGAUAAAGGAAAGAGGUCGCCCCUGCCAAAGAUGGGAGGAUGACCUCAGACAGACAGCAGAAGGCACAUGGAGAAGUAAAGCAAGAGAUAGAGAACUAUGGAAGUGUCUGGAGGAGGCCUAUGCCCGAGGGUAAACUGAAGAAAGAACAAUCAGUGUCAAUGAUAUAUUACAAUAAUAUAAUGUAAAAAAUCGGUAAAAAAGGCUUUUAAUAUUAAUAAAUAAAAUAAAUAAAUAAAUAUACUUAAACAAUACACAUCACUAUCUAGCCCCAAAGUAAGCAUACAGAGUAGCUUGUGUUAUGGGUGCUAAGAUAGUUGAUAUUAUAAUAUUAAUAUACAAUUAUAUACUACAUAUUUUAAUACUUAUAUAAUGUAUACAUAUAUACACACAGACACUGGAAAACACCUAUCUAUUAUUAUUUAUUAUAUAAUUAUGAUUAACUUGUUCUUAAAUUAAAUUUGAUUAAAAAGCUUAGAACAAUUAUUAGAUAUGGUUAAUAUUUUUUAAUUCAAAAAAAAAUACAUUAAACAACCUGUCAACUUGAGAACCUCCUCCUCUAAAAGUCUGCUAAUAAGUAAUGACAUGCAUUUUCUACCUUAAUUACUAAUUUGUUUGUUGGUUAUAGUGCUCGCCAUAUGUUUACAAAACAUAACUCAAUGACGUAUUAACAAAAUAUUAUUAAGUUUGUAUUUUUAAGGCAUAAGGUUGAAUGUUUUUAAAAAUACCUACUUAUUGUGUAUUUAUUUAUAUUCAAAUAUAAUAUAAACUCCUCAA